CUCCGUGCGGUUUACAAUGCUGGUUUACCCAAAGACGAUGCUCGCAUCGCUGAUCGCUUCCUUGCCUCGCUGACCUUAUCAGUGCAAACACUGGUAAGAGUUACCAUGGCCCGCUCUGGUCCCAAUGGGGAGUCCAAGCGUGAUUGGACUGUAGAGCAGAUCACGCAGAUCGGCAGAGACAUCCUUGGGGAUGACAACAGGCUCUAUGCUGAGGCGACCCGAUUGAUUCCUGGUUCCCGUGGGCAACCUGAGAAGAAUAACGAGGAACAUCCCAGAAAGAAGCUUCACCAUUCCAACAAGAUAACCAAGCAUGAGAAGACAUUUUUCUGCUCGCACCAUGGAAAAAACCCGACCCAUGAGUCCAGCAAGUGUUUUACCUUGAUCAACCGCAAGAACAAAGCCAGUAGUUCCAACAGUCGCAAUCCUUGCAGACGUUGUGGUGAAAACUACUACCAUGGUCAUGUCUGCAAAAGCAAGAACAAUGAGCCAAUUCUCAUGGUAUCCCAGUCUCCCGCAAAGGAUAAGUCUGAGCAGACGCUCAAGACGAUCCAGGACAGGAUAGAUGAAGACAUGGAGGAAAUAUCAUUUGAAUAGAACCAGAAGUUAAUCGGGAUGAUCGAUACAGGCAGUUCCCGCACGUUUAUAAAUUUGAAAUGUUUAAAUAACAAUUUACAAAUAACAAAAAUAAAUUCUUCAAUUGGUUCCUUUAAUUUUCUGUCUAAGAAUAGUAGUACAAAGAGAUUAGGAAAAACUGAUCCUUUAAAUUUUAAAUAUAUAAAUGGCAUCACCUUUAAGCAUGCACCAGAGGUGUUAGAGUUUAAUACGGGUUUUAAUUUUGAUAUCCUCCUUGGAAGAGAUAUUUUGGCAAAGAUGAAUAUUGGAUUAAUUAAUGUUGCAUAUGAUAUUGAAGGAGAAUAUGUCCAUUCAGAUAAUGCAAAAGACUAUGCCGCCAUUUAUGAAAAUCUAAAUAUUGAUAAAGAGAAAAAGUUUGAACCUGAUAAUUCGCCAGCUGGCACAGCACAGCAACGAGCAGAAUUUAUGAGCUCUAUUAAAGCAUCACUGGAGGAAAAUAAGAAUAUUCCCGUUGAGUCAUAUUGUCCUUUAUCAGAAUCUAUUAUUCGUUUACCUACUAAGGAAGGUGCGACGGCUUACAGACGGCAGUAUCCUAUACCGCACGCUCUAAGACCAACACUUGACAAGCAACUGUGUAUCAAUAGACAUAUUCCUCAAAAAACACUAAGUGCGCCGUUUUCAUUAAUGUAUGCUCGCAGAGUCAAUGUGCCUGAUGAGUAUGGUGACAAAGAUAAAUACUCUCUUCCAAAAGCCACAGUUACAAUUGAUGAGCUAGAGAAGCAGAUUGAUCAUAUGAAAAAUAUUAUAUUCCCUGCCAUUAACGAACCUGAGUUUACAGUGUAG